AUGUCAGAAGAGAUCACAGCAUUGGCUUACCAUGCUCCAAAAGAACAAGAAGGACUUAUAAUUGUGAAGGUUGAAGAAGAGAAUUAUGUUUGGGGGCAGGACUUUGGCCUUCAGAGGAACUCCCAGAGCCAGGAGGUCUUCCGCCUGCGUUUCAGGCAGUUUAGUUAUUCUGACUCCAGUGGGCCCAGAGAAGCUAUGAGCCAGCUCAAGGAGCUUUGCUCUCGGUGGCUGAAACCAGAGGCACACUCUAAGGAGCAGAUAUUGGAGCUGUUGGUGCUGGAGCAGUUCCUGGCCAUCCUGCCUGAGGAACUGCAGGCCUGGGUGCGAGAGCAGGGGCCAGAUAAUGGAGAGGAAGCUGUGACUCUGCUGGAAGAGUUGGAGAAAGAACUCGAUGAAUCAAGGCAACAGGACUCUGCUUGUGGCCAGAAAAUGAUCUGGAAGAACACAACAUGCACAGGAGUUCUGAAGUCUCUAAGUCACCCUCUGCGGUCUUUGGAGAGCCAAUGCAAGAGUGAGACUCAGGAGCCCCAAGAUUUCCAUGAGAGAGAUGGCAAGAUGGUAGCUGACAAAAUGUUGGCAGCAAAGCAAGAAAUUAUUGAAUGUGUAGCCUCAACUGCUAUGAUAUCUCCAGGAAGACUUCUUGGGGAAAUUGCUUCAGUACAGAUAGUUGAAGAAGCUUUGGACGGUCUGGACAAGUCUGAGAAGCAAAGGGGAAGUGCUACAAUGAACAAAAUGAGUCAGCUCCCUUCCCAGGAAAGACAGUACAGCCUGGCAAUGUUCAACAAGAAAAUCCCCACAGAGCAGUGUUUCCCUGAAUGUCAUGGAAUUGAAGAAAAUCUCAAUCUGAACUCAAAUGAUAUUACACCACAGAGAAUUCACACAGGGGACAAGCUCUAUGAGUGCUUUGACUGUGGGAAAGCCUUUUGCCAGAGCUCAAAGCUGAUUAGACAUCAGAGAAUUCAUACUGGAGAGAGACCUUAUGCAUGUAAAGAAUGUGGCAAAGCCUUCAGUUUGAGCUCAGACCUUGUUAGACAUCAGAGAAUACACAGUGGUGAAAAACCAUAUGAAUGUUGUGAAUGUGGAAAGGCUUUCAGGGGCAGCUCAGAGCUCAUUAGGCAUCGGAGAAUUCACACAGGAGAGAAACCUUAUGAGUGUGGGGAAUGUGGGAAAGCUUUCAGCCGGAGCUCAGCCCUUAUUCAACAUAAGAAAAUUCACACUGGUGAUAAAGGCUAUGAAUGUAUUGAAUGUGGUAAGGCUUUUGGUAGGAGCUCUAUCCUUAUUGAGCAUCAAAGAAUUCACACUGGAGAGAAACCUUAUGAGUGUAAUGAAUGUGGAAAAUCCUUUAAUCAGAGCUCAGCCCUUACCCAGCACCAGAGAAUCCACACUGGGGAGAAACCUUAUGAAUGUAGUGAAUGUAGGAAAACAUUUAGACAUAGAUCAGGUCUUAUGCAGCAUCAAAGGACACACACCAGAGUUUAA